AUACAUUCCCACUGCAAGUUAUUUUGUAUUCUUGCAAAUUUACGUUGUUGGCAACGCUACAAAUAUUCUCUGAUGUUUAUUUGAUGAUUUAAACAUGAUGUAAUUUUGUAUUGCUAGCGACAGAAAGUCAAAAUGAGUUCUGUAACAAGUUCAUGUAUAAUUUUAUUUUGUAUGGCUGGAUUAAACUUUGCUGCACAAAUUUCAAUUAGAGGACAAACAUCUUUGGCUGCAGGAGACACAUUGAUGUUAGUCUGCAAUGGAACCGACUUACAAACACCGCUGUCAAAUUUAGACUGGUUAAAAAAUGACAAGACACUUUCUCCUGACAAGAGAAUUUCUAUAGCUGUUUCUUCGAAAUUAUCCGACCGCACUAGAAACGUGUCCAGUAAUUUGAGCAUAUCUCACGUGACUGAACAGGAUGCUGGGAGAUAUACAUGCAAAAUUUCUAACGAAAUGAUGGAAUUUGUAAACGUUCAAGUAAGCGGAAUGGUGUUUACAGGAAGAGUGCCAUCAGGGUCCGAUGCAAUGUCUUUGUCAGCAACAGCGUCGUUACUUCUGGUUUUCACAGUGUUCUUUGGAUAAAUAGAUUGGAACUUAUAGGGUCGCCCAAAGUCAUAUGAGUCGCGUCAUGAUAUAGGGUUUGUAAGCGAACAGCAUGGAUCCUGAUCAGACUGCGCGGAUGCGCAGGCUGGUCUGGAUCCAUGCUGGUCGCAAACGCACUAUGUUGGUUUUGUCAUGACGCGCUCAUACUUAUUUCAUCGCAAGCCUUAUCUUUUGUCAUACAUUAAAACUAUUUAAAUCAAGGGGCAGGACGUGAAGUGGUUGCACACUUGGUUCAAGCGAGCGAAAUAGUUGCAAACUU